UGAGAACCGACGACGAGAGCCCGUAUUUAUCACGAAGAGUAAAACUGACAGCAGUCCAUUUCCUGUUCGUCCUGCCUGUCUGGCUGAACAUAUCUCCUGACGAAACAACGUGGACGCCGUUUGUUUGGGAAACAAUGGACCGAAACAAUACCCAAUCCCUCCUCGGUGCGCGGACACGGAUACAGACCACCAUUCUGCUUUCCACGCCCCGUUACACUCUUCUCUCUUUCUAUCGAUGAAAGAAUCUCGCCAGGGACCUGGAAGACUUCACGGAUUCUCGCGAAUGGACAGUAAAAAUUUUCCUCUCGUCGCUUCGUCACUCGCAUUAACGGUUGUCUGUCGUUCUCGUUUAUUUCAACGCCUAAAACUGUUUACAAAAAGUCGCCCUCUGAUCCCUCCGUCGCGAUGAAGAAGAUUUUCAUCGGAACAUUAACGACUCGAGAAUACCGGCCUGGAGAUAAUGGAAAACUGCUCAUCUUCGAAAACCAGAAACAUGACGACGACCACAGGCGAUCCGUCGACUCUGAAGAGUCCAGCCUCGCUCUCCGGCGGCGAUUUGGUGUCCCGCCUUCUAGCAGCGACUCCUCCAUACCUGUACAACGUGCCCUUAACACCGCAUAGCUUCUUCUUCAGCGAGAUGUUACGUUCGUUUGUGCAAGCAAAGACGGAAGUAUCAUCCGCGAACAACACGACGAGCGUACCUCGACGUCGCAAAAGAUCUUGGCGAGACGCUCGGGAUCGUCCCUUAGAAUUAACCACGAAAGAAAGACAACAUCAUCACCAUCACCAUCACUCGCAGCAGCAACAGCAGCAACAGCCGCCGGAUAAAUAUUUCCAUACUCAACAGCAGCCACAGCAAGCGGAGACGCGACUGGAGAACGGAAGCAAGCAAAGCGACGGCUACGACACCGCAAGUAAAGUGGGCAACUUCGAGCAGAAGCCAAACUUCGGGACAGACAUUUUGAAACCGGUGGAUGAAAAUAAAUCUGAGUUUAGCAAGCAGAGUAAGAGCUUUUUCGACGAACGACCUCGUCACUUUGAGCAGGCCCAACCACCGGAAAACAUGUUCGCCAGUGAAUUGCAGAAAGUCAAGCCGGAAGAGUCUCACUCUAGCGACCGUAAGAAUUGCAAUUACAACGACAGAAGCCCGUACGAUGAUCGUACGAAGAGCGCGAUUGGCAAUCAAGAGCUACCGCCCCUGUUGUCAGAUCAGAAGAAGCUCGAUUUCUCGAGGACCUUUUUGCCCAGCCUUCCAGGAAGGGGCUGCGAUAUGCUUCCGGGCGUGAAAGGAUUCGGUCUGCCUGGGAACGUCACCAACCCGGAAUUCCUCCCUGGUCCACUUUGGUAUCCGCCUUAUCCAAUGCCUCAAUCAUAUCCUGGCAUCGAUCCUCUACACUUCUUCAUCGACCUUCGCGUAUCCGGUCAUAUCUGGGAUCGCAAGUUGAGCGAGAGGCAAUUGCCCUUCAAAGGCAAGCACUGUUCCGCCUUCAGUGUGCCACAAUCCAAGGAAUAUAAUAGCAAUCGACCGUUAAAUUUGACGAGAGACGAGGCUAGCACGUCUAGGAACAGCGAGGAAAAUCUACGUGGCACUAAUUAUAUUUUGAGACACUUGACUAGGACGUACAGGGACAUUGGCCAGGCACGGAAAGCAACCAGGAGCGAAACAUCGACUUCUGGCGAGAGCGAAGAUAGUUCAAAGGACAUUGAUAACAACGAAAGAUCUCCAAAACCGGAAGAAAUCUCGGUUGCGUCUACAAGUCCGGAAGAAGAGAGGAAGGAUCUUCGAGCGUUGAUAGGGUUGGAACUGGUGGUGGAUUAUGUGAAAGAGCCGAAGGGAGAUACCUCGAACGAGCAGAAUUCGCAAGUAACCGAAUAACUCGUGAAAAUCGAACGAUUCUCUUUCGUUCUUGACUGUAUAAAUAGAUGUAGCUCCGACACUUACAAUCUCAGCUGGUUCUCACUACGACUACGUCGUUCAUAUAGAAUGUUUAAAAACUGAAAUUCCAUGACUUUUUUGAUUCGUUGCGAAACAAUCAAAAUCAACAGAUUGUCAAUUUAACAAAAAAAUUGCAUAAUUAUUUAAUAAUAUCUCUUAUUUAAAAAAAAAUUUAUUUCACAGUCGAUACCAUAGAUCGAAUUUUAUCCUUUACGAUUCUUUAUAGCAUUUAGAAACUUGAUCGUAGUAAUUUCUCUAGUCAAAUGCAAAUUGUUCGGUUGACAAUGUGUUAAUGUCCCUUUGAAUUAUGCACGGUGUCAAAGAAUGUUAAUAGCGAAAGAACAUGGAAUAUCCUGCUAUUUUUCUGAGAUAUUCCUCCCACUAACUCGUUCCAUCUUUUCUUUCUCUUUAUUUUCGAUGUGAAUAUUUAGAGGCAACCUUGUACAUUUAGAAACGAUACAUUGAAAAACUAGCAGCCUCGAACUUUUAUCGGUGCUAUCAAUUGCGUAAAUGUGGAUGUGGCUGCUCUAAUCUGACAGACCAGGCAAUACAUAAGCCUGCUAUCUAUUCACGCUCAAUACGCAACUGAACAGCGUGAGACUUACGACAUUUUUUAAUAUCGCAAUUUAGUCACGGUACUUUCCAGAUACAUUGAGUUUUUCAUUCAGCAAUCUGUACCACCGUGUCUGUCGUUCUUUGAAGACUCUUCCUAUCUUACACUCGAGACUCGGCUCGAAAGAGUCAUUUUCUACCAAGGAGGAUCUUAGAGAUCCCUUGCGGGCCGGAAACGCUCUGCUACGAAUUCAACUAUAUGUGAUAUGCGGUGUACAUAUUAUAGUAGCGUUCUAUUGUAUCUAUAUGUAUUAAUAGAAAUCAUUCGACCUGUAUAUUAAACGUAAUAAAAGUAAUGCGAUUCAAUCACGUGAACGAA